GCGAGCGAUCGCCCCGCCUGCGCGCUCCGCGUUCCUCUAGUGCUGCCUUUUCGGUGCCCACGUGGGCGGGCCGGCGAUGGCGGCGCUGGUGGCCUCCGAGGCGGCGGGGCCGGGCGGCCGGAGCGGCCCCGGCAGAGGUCGAGUCCCUCGGGGCCGCUUGGCCAAUCAGAUACCCCCUGAGAUCCUGAACAACCCCCAGCUGCAGGCAGCUAUUCAAGUCCUGCCUUCCAACUAUAACUUUGAGAUCCCCAAGACCAUCUGGAGGGUCCAGCAGGCCCAGGCCAAGAAGGUGGCCCUGCAAAUGCCGGAAGGCCUUCUCCUGUUCGCCUGCACCAUUGUGGAUAUCUUGGAAAGGUUCACAGAGGCCGAAGUGAUGGUGAUGGGUGAUGUGACCUACGGGGCUUGCUGUGUGGAUGACUUUACUGCAAGGGCCCUGGGAGCUGACUUCCUGGUGCACUAUGGCCACAGCUGCCUGGUUCCCAUGGACACCUCUGCCCAAGACUUCCGGGUGUUGUAUGUCUUUGUGGACAUCCGGAUAGACACUACCCACCUACUGGACUCCAUCCGCCUCACCUUUCCCCCAGCCAGUGCCCUGGCCCUGGUUAGCACCAUACAGUUUGUGUCAACCUUGCAGGCAGUUGCCCAGGAGCUGAAGGCUGAGUAUCGCAUGAGUGUCCCACAGUGUAAGCCCCUGUCCCCUGGGGAGAUUCUGGGCUGCACAUCACCCUACCUGCCCAAAGAGGUGGAGGCUGUUAUAUAUCUUGGAGAUGGCCGCUUCCAUCUGGAGUCUGUCAUGAUUGCCAACCCCGAUGUCCCUGCUUACCGCUUCUUUUCCAGAUAUGAUCCAUACAGCAAAGUCCUAUCCAGAGAGCACUAUGACCAUCAGCGAAUGCAGACUAACCGCCAAGAAGCCAUAGCCACUGCCCGCUCAGCUAAAUCCUGGGGCCUUAUCCUGGGCACCUUGGGCCGUCAGGGCAGCCCCAAGAUUCUGGAGCACCUGGAAUCCAGGCUGCAAGCCCUGGGACUUCCCUUCGUGAGGCUGCUGCUCUCCGAGAUCUUCCCCAGCAAGCUCAGUCUGCUUCCGCAGGUGGACGUGUGGGUACAGGUGGCAUGCCCACGCCUCUCCAUUGACUGGGGCACAGCCUUCCCCAAGCCGCUGCUGACACCGUAUGAGGCGGCGGUGGCCCUGCGGGACAUUUCCUGGCAGCAGCCCUACCCCAUGGACUUUUAUGCUGGCAGCUCCUUGGGGCCGUGGACGGUGAACCACGGACGAGACCGGCCCUCCCAGGCACCCCGCGGGCCUGCGCUGGGGAAGAUGCAGGAGGGAUCCGCGCGCCUUUCUCCAGCCGUGACUUGCGAGGGUUGCAGCUGCAGAGACGAGGAAGUGGUGCCACUCGCUCCGUGAGACGCUCCUGAGUCUCAGGAGAGUAUGCAACUGGCUAGCCGAUUCACUGGAUCCAUCACUCUCACCCACUCUGGUGGCCACUUCAUUCCAGCAGCUGCAUCACAGCGCCAGGCCUACCUCAAGUUCUUGGACCAGUUUGCAGAGUGAGAGA